AUGACAGUGAUGGUACUGAAAGCAGCAGAGCCAUUUGAAUAUGAGUCACCAGAAGCCGGGGGGCGGGGGGGGGGGGGGGGGCGGUCACGACACACAAUGUUUCAUGCUACAGUGGUUACUGCAAGUCAGUUUUUCCAAGUGAAGGUUUUUAACACCAACCUUAAAGAGAAAUUCACAAAGCAGAAGGUUAUUACCAUAUCAGAUUACUUUGAAUGAAGAGGAGUCCUGGAGAUAAACAAAGCAUCGUCUGUGUCUGAAGUUGGUCUUGAUCAAAAGUCUGAAGUUCCAAACAGCAUUCUCAAAAGAGCAAAAGAAACUCCCAAGAUGGAUAGUCUUUGCAAGCAAGCAUUGGGAACAUUUAUGUAUGGGUUGUUUGUGUUAUAUCAGAAAGCAGAACAGAGGAAUCAUAUAUUAUAUGACCUAAAUGACAACACAGGAAGGAUGGAAGUAUAGGUGUUUGGAAAAGAGGACAAAAUCCAGUGCAAAGAAGGGGAUAAACUUCAACUUACAUUCUUCAACCUGUCAAAAGCUGGAGAAAAACUACAGCUGAAAUCUGGAGUUCAUAGUUUCAUUAGGAUUCUCAAAACUCAGUAUUAUGCAAACAAACAGCUGAAUUUUUAA